AAAAGAAAGUGGGGCUGCGCUCAUCGGAAAUAAAAUAUCAUUCUAACUUCCGUUGUUCGGCUACAGCAGACCGACCUAUAUGGCAGCCGCACUGCCUUAGUUUAUUUAAAUUGAGAACAGAUUUAUGUUACAAGGUCAAAUAUAAGGUAAAAGCAAAAGCAGAAGGUUGUGUCUGGCCCCACCAGCCAUGGAGGGACUCUACUUUGAAGUGAAGCCCAGAAGAGAGGACCCCUCCAGUCCAGCAAGCUCUGAGAAACCCCCUCCUAACCUUACUUCAAACCACCGCUCAUGUCCAUCACUUUCACAUCUCACUUCUUCCACACUGUGUCCUAGCAAGCUUUCUUCUGCAAGGCAGAGGAUUUCACCACAUAGGGAUAAGGUAGAGGAAGAAGUAGAGGAGGAAGAGGAGGAGGUACGAUACAAACUGAUUUUGAUCGGUUCUCUGCCGGUCCACCACCUGACGACCAUGUCCAUGCUGCCCUGGGUGGUUGCUGAGAUCAGCAAGUCUCGGCCUGCAGAAAGGAAUGUGGGUGCUGGGUUGCGGUCUGGACGACAGAUGGAUCCUUCUACCCGUAAUCAGACAGUUUUCCUGUGUGUGUCAGCAUCGUGGGUGCGAUGUGUGUCUGUUCAGGGAGAGGGAGUUGUCUGGGACCCUCUGACUCACACAGUGCUGUUUGAAUGUCGUCCUCACCAAGUGACCAAGCUAAUUCACAACAGCCAGGAGCCCAGCAGCUUCGGCUGCCUGGUCAGACACGCACCAAACUACUCCUGCUAUGUCUUUCAGUGCCAGGACAGCACCAGGGUUCCUGAGAUCAUCAGUACGCUGAGGCAGGCUGGCAAGAGCUCGGCCCGCAGCGAUGAUAUCACCCCCGUCUCCAACAAAACUUCCUCCGGAGGCAGCGAUUCCUCUGAAACAAGUUUUUCGUCUGUCUCCACAGCGACAACCUCCGUGGCAGCCUCUGCUGCUUUGUCUCCGACAGCCUUCUCCAAGAAGUUUGAGGUGCUGUUUUGCGGCCGUGUUAGUGUUGCUCACAAGAAAGCCCCCCCUGCCCUGAUAGAUGAGUGCAUUGAGAAGUUUAGCCAAUUGCAUGGCUCAGAGAGGGGCGAUAGAGGAGGAAAUAGUGGGGCCUUGAUGGGCGGGCUGAGGAGGGCAUUAUCCUUUCAAUCCAAUGGACUCGAGAGUAGUGAUGUGGUUAAUGGCGCUGCAGGGAGCCCCACUGCCGGGAAGCGUCCUGUCCUGUUCAAAAGAGACCCCAGCUUUCCCUGCCUGCAGGCCCUGGAUGAGAAUGGACUUUCACCUGAGAUCUCUCACACCAACACGACUGACGCACACUCACACUGCGCUGGAGUACAGCCCACCAGCCUGCAGGAGAACAGGACCAUGCUGUUCACGGUGGGCAGGUCUCAGAUCUUCUUGGUUAGUCCGGACACCAAGAAAGUUGCCAUAGAGAAGAGUUUCAAAGAAAUCUCCUUCUGUUCACAGGGUAUUUGUCACGUGGAUCACUUUGGCUUCAUUUGCAGGGAGACAGUGGAAGGAGGAAGCUGCCACUUUGUAUGCUACAUCUUCCAGUGCACCGACGAAUCACUGGUGGACGAGAUCAUGCUGACUUUGAAGCAGGCGUUCUCUGUGGCAGCCCUGCAGCAGAAUGCAAAGACCCAGAGCCAGCAGUGCGACAGCUGUCCCAUGCAGCAACUCCACCGGCUGUGUGAGAGGAUAGAAGGUCUUCCACCGUCUAAAACCAAGCUGGAGCUUCAGAGACACCUAGCCACUCUGGAGAACGAGGAGCAGGCAUCAGUCUUUGAAAACACCAUGAGGGCUCGUCCUAAAAGUGAUCAGGAAGAGAACGAGUUGGUGAUGGCCUCUUUGAGGAAUCUUUAUGAGGAGAAACAGAGGAGCCAUCAGCACCUCCUGCCCGGAGACAGACGGGUAAGUGAGGAGGCAGCUGCAGCCCCAGUGGAGGCGCAGCAGAGCAGCAGUCGGCAGCGACUCGAGCAGUUCAAGAGCCGAGCCAAGCGCUCUCUCACUGAGUCUCUGGAGGGGAUCUGGAAGGGGAGCAGCAAGGCCAGAGCUCAGAGAGACAACAGUGUAGGAAGUGACAGCGGCUCCUCCAUUUGCACAGUGAACAGCAGCCAGGACCAGGCGGCUCUAGAUGACCCCUUACCUGCUUCCUCCCAGCUGCGACCCACCAGCCCACUCAAGUGCCACAACUCAACAGGAGACCUGAACCUUCUUGACUCCCCCCUCACCCUGUCGCCCUCCUCUUUCUCUCUACCCGGUGAAGCUCAGCCUCAGGGCUUCCGCAGACGGGCCAGCACCUUCAGCCACCCCCCAACCCCUUCAUCAGCAGAGUACUCACCAGUGCACUCACAACCUAACACACCACAGAACCCCACUGCAGCUACCAAGCCCAAGCUCGUACGACACUACUCCGUCAGCACCGAUACUCCACACCAGAGCAAACAUGUCCCAACGGACUCCACCCUUCCUCCUGUUCCUCCCUGCCCUUCAUCUCACUCUCCUCUCCUCCCUCAUCAUCCUUCCUCACCUUCCACUGGAGCUCGUCUCAAUACAAGACGUCCUCUGGGUAGUCUGCGUGCUCGUCUCCGCUCCUCCUCCUCUGUCCCUAAUUUUCUGAAAUUUCCAUUUCUGGCCCCUCUACAAGAGAACGAUUUUCCUGAGCCAAAGAGCAGAGAUGUAGCAGCUCUGUCCUCACCUAGUGAAGCAUGUGGGCUAUGGGACAGUCCUCAGCGCAACCAUCGGCACUCUUGGAGGCAGCAGAUCUUCCUACGGGUCGCUACACCUCAGAAAAACUCAGAAACCAACGAGCGGGGGGAUUCCGGUCUAGAGGGGGGUCGAGUGUGCGCUGGACAGGUAGUUGGAGGAAGUGGGGAUUUGUCCAUGAGGGUGGUGCCUGAGGAGAGGGCAAAAAAGAGCAAAGAGGACCUGAGGGAGCUCUGGAGGAAGGCCAUCCUGCAGCAGAUCCUGCUACAGAGGAUGGAGAGGGAGAACCAGAAGCUACAGGCCUCAGAGAGCGAUCUGCAGAACAAACGUCUGAAGCUGGACUAUGAGGAAAUCACUCCGUGCCUGAAGGAGGUCACUCUGGUGUGGGAGAAGAUGCUAGGAACUCCUGCGAGGGCAAAGGUCAAAUUUGACACAGACACCAUACAUGCUGCUGUUGCACAAGGUGUCCCCAGGCAACAUCGAGGCGAGAUUUGGAAGUUUCUGUCCGAACAGUACCUUCUCAGGCAGACGGUGCCGUCCCGACCACCUGCAAAUUACACACCAUACAAAGAGCUGCUGAAACAGCUCACCACGCAGCAACACGCCAUCCUCAUAGACCUGGGUCGCACUUUUCCCACACAUCCUUAUUUCCAAGCCCAGUUGGGAGCUGGUCAGCUGUCUCUGUAUAAUUUACUGAAAGCCUACUCGCUGCUAGACCCCGAGGUGGGUUACUGCCAGGGCCUGUCCUUCAUUGCGGGAGUGCUGCUGUUACACUUGGGGGAAGAGGACGCCUUCAACAUGCUUAAAUUUCUCAUGUAUGACGUGGGUCUCCGCAAACAAUACAGGCCUGACAUGAUAAUCCUACAGAUUCAGAUGUACCAAUUGUCUCGGCUGCUUCACGACUACCACAGGGAUCUCUACAGCCACUUAGAGCAGCAUGAGAUCGGACCCAGCUUAUACGCCACCCCCUGGUUUCUCACCGCCUUCGCCUCGCACUUCCCCCUCGGCUUUGUGGCCAGAGUCUUUGAUAUGUUGUUCCUGCAGGGGUCAGAGGUCAUCUUCAAGGUGGCCUUGAGUCUGCUGGGGAGCCACAAGCCUCUGAUCCUGCAGCAUGAGAGCCUGGAGUCCAUCGUGGACUUCAUCAAAACCACGCUGCCCAACCUGGGCCUGGUGCAGAUGGAGAAAACCAUCAACCAGGUUUGUCAGAUGGAUGUGUCCAAGCAGCUUCAGGCCUACGAGGUGGAGUACCAUGUCUUGCAAGAUGAGCUGCUUGACACGUCUCCGACCCUCAACCAACACCAGCGCGCCGCACAGCUGGAGCGGACCAAUCAGAGCCUCCGUCAGCAGAACAUCGACCUGCGCGAGGAGCUACAGGUGUCACAGGCUCGCGUCUGCAGCCUGCAGAGCCGGGUGGAGGCUAUGUCCCAGUCGGAGGUCCUGCUGACAGAGCAGGUGUCUGCGCUGGAUGAAGAGAAGAAGCAGCUAGUGAGCUCCGUCAAACACCUCCAGGACAUGCUCACCAGCCUCGGCAUACACACCACCCCGGAUGGACAAACACCCCCCCUACCCUCUGAAAGACACAUAGUAACGGCGACAGAGAGGUGGGGGCGAACAGGACUGUGAACUCCCCUCGUCACCCUUUGGUUCUUCCAGAGGGUUCAUAACUACAUCAGAAUGUGUUCCAAAUGGUAAUGUGGAUUGGAGGAGGAGGAGCAGUUUGUGAAGGGCCCAGAAAGUGAAGGUCGGUGAGACGUUAAAAUGACUCCCUACUUUGGCCUUUGUCCUGUUCACGGAUUCUCAAUGUUUUAAUAAAAAGAGGAGAAACAAAUGAGCUUAAAGAUAAACAAAGGAUGGCCCCAAAAAGCACACUUCCUGCUCUGUAACAGAUGUAAAUGAGCAUGUGAUUGAAACAACAAUCCCCAGAGUAAGCACUGUCCCACUCGGUCUCUACUGUAAACACAAAACAGUUACAUGUGCACCUGUACUCAAACGUAUGUUAUUAUAUUUGAAUGUCUUUGAGUUUCUGCACUUGUGUGGUUUAGUCUUCUCUGUCGGAUGCAAAGGCUAAAAUAGCCAAAGAAUGUCAUUAUUAAUAUAAAACAAGCUCGAACAAAGAUCCUAUGACAACAUGUUAUUGAUCACACAAAGACGAAAUGUUUCCAAAGAAAUAUAAGAGAGAAAUGUGACAAGAAACUGAGAUGAAGGGACGGGUGAAGAAAUAAACUUCAUGACAAAGUUUUUUUUCCUGUUAUAUUAGCUGAAGACUAAAUAAGCUAAAUGGUGUUAGCUCUUGGAUUCCUGCUCAGUAUUUUUGUUCUUCUACCGGUUAUGUUUCCUGAUCCUUUACAUUUUAAACUUUAGUUGCAGCAGAGUAACACAAUAAAUCCAAUCCAUUUCACAUCCUGUUUUUUCACCUUUGCAUAAAUGUUGAUUUGUCUGUGUAGAAAGGGAAAUGUAUACAUUUUCAGCUGAAAACUCUAAACCGUGGCUGUACCUUUCUAGUGAGGGGAAGUACAGAUCAAUGAAUAACUUCAAAACGCACUUUUGUCUAAAACUUCAAACAGGAAAUCUCUGCCUUUGAGACGAUCUGUCAGCUGUGAGUUAUUUACUGUAUUCAACACACUGAAUUUCCUCAACCUGAGUAUGUGAGUGUCUAGUGUUCCUGUGUGCUUGUGCACUUCACUGAUGGCAACGAAUCUGUUCAUUUACACUGUAAAGUUAUUUUGCCUUCACUCUUGACUCUCCUUGCACAUCUGUUUUAUUUUCAUUCUUUCUAUUAUUGUUAUACUGUACUUCAAAAUACAUUUCAUAUCCUUUCCA